UUACCCAGCCGUCGCGAAUCGUGUCUUGAUAAGUGUCCGUACUUGCGUGUAUGUGAUCGUAUGAGCGUAACCUUUACGAUGAUUUGGUUCAGUGGAUCCAUACCUGAUGCCAUUAAUUUGGCUAAACAGAGGAAGUUUGUUUUUGUCAUCGUCAUUACAGGUAAUGAUGAACAGUCAGCAAACCUGAUAGCCAGCUGGGAGGAUGACAGCGUUGCUGAGACGGCUCAAAAAUGCUGUGUGGCCAUUAAAAUCGACGCCGAGAGUGAAACCUGUGUGCAGUUCUCACAGAUCUAUCCAGUGGUGUGUGUUCCUUCAAGUUUUUUUAUUGGGGAGAAUGGCGUUCCUUUGGAGGUCAUUGCCGGCAGUGUGUCUGCCGAAGAACUACGAAUUAGAAUUGACCAAGUACGACAGAUGCAUGCGGAAAAAAUUGGCACUCGAAUGGGGUCGCAAGAGACAGCCACUACUUUGAUGACCAGUCCAACACAACCUACCAUGGCUGCACUCUCAGCUCCUUCUGUGCCUGUCAUAUCCCCAGAAGAAUUGAUUAGGCCCUCUGCAUUGGAAGACAUAGACCCUAGAGAGGCAGCAAUAGCUGCGUGUCGCCAGUCAGCUGUGACCACUGCAGCGAGUGAAUAUCCACAUCCUACAAAUGUAUCUUUUAUCAGUGAAGCAAAUCCAGAUAUGAAAAGGCAUCGGAGAAAGACAACGUUGGAGAAUGAGGACUGUGUGGAUAGAGCAGCCCUUCAUUCCAAAACCCUGGAGCACAAGGCUCAGCAAAUAACCCUACAGGCCAAACAGACAGAGCUUGAAGCUGUAAAGGGUACUUUUGUGAAGCCAAGGGGUACCACCACAAGGCUUCAGUUUCGCCUCCCAGAUGGGUCAUCCUUCACCAACCAGUUUUCCUCACAGAGCAAACUUCAGGAAGUUCAUCAGUUUGUGAUACAGGAAAUUGGAAACCGCAAUAGCAACUUUUCCAUGGCCACCAUGUUUCCGAGAAGGAAAUUCACCAAUGAAGACUUUAAUAAGACUCUAUUGGAGCUGGGACUUUCUCCAAGUUCAUCCAUUGUACUUCUGCCUCGUGGCAGGCCUGCUUGCACUAUUGUCCCAUCCACCGGUGGAGGUAUGUGGGCUUUCCUGAGCACACUCUUCUAUCCUGUUCUCACUGUAUGGCGAUUUGUCACCUCCUUCACGUUUCAAAGUCCACCACAAGAACCAUCAAGAAGCUCUUUUGCCCCGUCUCAGUCGUAUGUCAACCCAGCAACGCAUUCUAAUAAACCAAAAAGAGAAUCGCUUUCCAAGGCUUCUAUAAACCGUCCCAAGAACUUCAAGAAAGAUGGUAAUAUCUGCCAGCUCAGGGCUCAAGAGGAUAGUGAGGACGAUAACAACACUUGGAAUGGAAACUCUACCCAGCAAAUGUAGCUCUGUAAAAGUAGCUUUUUUCUGUCUGUUCCAAUAUCGCUGUCACAACUGUUCAAUCCCAGUUAAGUAAUAGAUAAUAAUAAUAAUAAUAUAUGCACUAAUUUAAAUAAUUGCUCACCUGUUGGAAUGUUGUCAAAGGGAUUAUUUGAGAAUGUAAACACUAUCAGAGAUUUAUAGAAAUAAAGUGUUGCAUAAUUUGCAGAA